AUGUGCCAAUAUCUUGAAGAAUCGCGCGCUUUUAUUCGAGGUGAGGGUCAGGAGCUUGGAGACAGGCCACAGCGCGACGACGGGUUCCUCAGCGACUUCUUCGACGAUGACGAUCCCGAGCUUGAUGACUUUCAGCAAAUUAUGCUACAGAUCAAGAAUGUGAUCGACUGCCUGAUGAGGCUUGCGGUCACGAUUCGCAAUCCAGCACCCCAUGAACAGUUCAAGCUGAGAUCGCCGGCACUUGUGUCUUCUUUCGACGCUCAUCAUCUUGAACACGUGCAGCAAAAGUUUCCACAGCUGAAAAACAAGACCAUAGAGCAGAGAUUGGCGAAAUCACUGACAUAUCGACGCGUGUUUUUCAAAUACAGGGAGGAGCACCACGAGCGACUUCAAGAAGGAAUAGAGGAUGCAAAGGAAGGCGACCAGGGAGAGAGCAGGGGUGGCGUCACAACCGAAGCAUCUUGGCUACCGAAAGAUAAGCCUCAGGACAGUGACUCGCUACCAUCUGUCGCCAGAGAUGAUUUAUCAGAGACGACAGCGACAUCGUAUGCACCCUCGUGUGCGGAUGGUUCCGAGCUCUGUGUUCCACAGAUUCCUUCGGAAUAUCUCGACGGCCCCUUUAUCUGUCCGUACUGCUAUCUCCCAGUUUUCGUGAAAACAAAGAACCAGUGGAACACGUCUUUGGUGAUUUACGGCCGUACAUCUGUCUCGAGGGAACAUGCCAUCUCGUAG